UAAACGUGUUUUCCAUCGACGUUUGCUUCCGAUCAGCCUGGCCCUGCUUCCUGGAUUUUGUGUACGAGUGCAUGGCUGCAGGAUGUUGGUGCGCUGCAUUCAGCGCAAUCAGCGCCGCAUCCUCUCCGCCUCCCUCGCUUCCCCUUCGAAAUGUAGGCCACUGGAAGGCCCUCAAUGGGGCAUAAUAAGUGCCAAGCGACAUGCGGCAACCAGGGUCAGAGCGCCGUCGACCGUUGACCGGGAAAGUUACAAGCUUCGUGCUCUUUCGCCAGCCGAUCAGCGUCGGAUGGAAGAAUUGGAGUAUAAGCUCGACACGUACUUUCACGAAGCUUGCGCGAAUCUUUAUGCUACUGGCGUGAUCCAGUGUUUGCACACCGAUGCUUUCAAAUUUCUCAAGGACUUCAAAGAAUUGCACAAGAAGACCAAGACAGUGCACCAGCCCUUCGCGAAUCCAGCUCGUCUCGUUGAGCUCAUGAACUUUCACAAUGUCAAUUUUGACGAUGCCGAAACUCUCGCCCGUACCCUUCUCGUCUACGCGCGUAAGGAGAACGCUCCGUUGGGUAAGAAGUUGUUGUAUUCGCUGUCCUGGGCCGGUCACGAGAACUCCACUCUUCGCAUUCUGGGACACGCCGUCAAAGGGGACAAGACCGGCCCUGUUCUACGGAGUUGCGAGAUAGCGUGGGCACGCCAACAUCUCACAAAGAUCGCCAAUGAACCCGGAUCGAAGAACUACCGCGCAAUGACCCUGGAGGGCAAGAUCGCGCGGGAGCUGCGCGAGGACACCUAUGCCAUUGAAAUGUGGAACAAAGCCAUAGGACCGGCUGUAGAGGCGUCGAAAAUACGUCUGGCCAAACUUGCGGCGCCGCAGAAGCCCAAGAAGGGGGAAAAGGUGGACACACUAGAGUGGCGUGAGGAGAGAGAUCCCGAGGAGCUGUCUUCACCAUGGAUCGAGCUCACGCUGAUGCACUGGAAAAGGGGCGAUUUCGAUCUGUCCAAGGAGGCGAUCAAAAUCGGCUGCGAGCAGGACGACCCACUGUCGCACUAUCACAGGGCUGAUUUCAUAGCCGGAGCGAACAAUAUCAAUCUCGAAGGGGAUAAUGCGCAUGCACCUGUCGUUAGCGCCUGGCUCUACAACAUCACCAAGGCCGCCACUUCCGGCAUUGCAUCAGCCGCGCACCAAUUGGGCCUGUUCUACAUGAAGGUUGGCUGGAAGUACAUCAGCGACGAGCCACCGGAUCGCAUCAAACCGACACCGUUCGAUUCCUAUCCCGCGCCAUUUGCACCCGCGACGACCUUUGACAGGAUUCGCCAGUUCAUCGGAUUCCAGUCCACAAGGCCCAUGACUCAGGAAGAGAGUGUCUUUCACAGCACAAACUGGCCAUUCGAGCCAGAGCAGCGUUACGCGAUGGCUCGCUUGUGGCUCAGAGAAGCCGCCUAUCAAGGCUAUGCGCCCGCAUAUCUCGACCUGGCGAAACUGUGCAUGAAGAAGACUCUCUGGACCGGGCUGCGCGUGCCGAAAGCUGCCCAAGAAAUGUCAUCCGAGCGCUAUACGCACGCCUCAAAGGCCAAAUAUGAUGCUGCGAACGGUGAUGGCGCUGACGAGGCAGAUACACAGCCACAAGUGGAGCCGGUCUCGUCCCGAGAUGACAAAGCGCGCGUGCCAAACAAAUGGUACAGUCCGAAAUCCGCCAAGUCCUGGCUCGUAGAAAUAUUCCACUGCCACAAGGCGCACGAAGAGAUGCAAGCGAAGCUUGCGCAAUACCGCCGGGACGUUCGCCGUAAGUGGGAACCCAAGCUGGCGGAUGAGGACGAUGCGAUCUCCGAGCAGCGCCUUGCCAAGAAAGGUCUCGACCAGCAUUUGACAAAAUGGUUCAAAAACCCGGAGGUCCGAGAGCAGUACGAAGACAGACUGCCGGAAUUAUACUCGGAAGCGAAGAGAAUUUGCGACAAGAACCGGUGGAAUUUGUACGAUAGUCGUAAUGCGCUGCUAUACACGGCGAGGUGA